UAGGAGAAAUCAGAGAAAGAGAGAGAGGAAGAGGCCGUUUCUCCAGUCUAUUAGUUACUACAGUACCUUAGAGUCAUAUAUAUAAGAGAAAUUAGUCCUAUUGUUAUCAAGAAACAAAUUUUUAGCAUUUUAAAAUCACCGAUAUUAUAUUAACUUAAGAGAUUUUUAAGUACUAGUCUACGCUAUAUAUAUUAUUUCUAAAAGAAGAUACUCUAUCGCAAUAGAAUAUAUUACAAUAAUAAUAAUAAAAUAAAAUAAAGAUGUCUAACUACAAGAGAAGGAGAGAAGAUGAAAGCACUUUUGGAUUUGGACGCUACCCGAAGCGUCUUCGUCGGGACUGUAAUGGCUACCACACUCGUGACGCUCACUCCCUCUCUGUCUCUUAUCAUUCUUCAUUUCACGCGAAAAAUGGAGCAAAAUCGAUACCAACUGACAAGAACAAUACAUAUCACUACUCCCUCUCAUCAGAGCUGUAUGGUAGGCAUUACUCUGGGUCUAAAUCCACAAGUAUCCGCUACUCCAGUAAUUGCAGUAAUGCCUCCCAGCAGCAGAGGGAGAGGAAGAGGAAGAGAGAACUUGCGGAAUGCGUCUCGGAAGAAUUCGGAAAAGUUAGGAAAGCUAUGAGGAGUGAAUCAUCUCACCAGAGAAAGCCACUACCAAGCAAAGAUGCCAUUUUACCUUCCUCAUCAUCAUCGUCGUCAUCAUCAUCUAAGAAGAAACCUAGAGGUUUUAAGAUGGUCGUUGGGAGCAGUAAAAAACAGUCGGUAAAAGAUAAAGAGUCCCAUCAGUCUUCUUCGUCAAGAAAAGAGAAGGAUGAAGUUCACAGAGUUCCACCUCCAAUAACACCUGCUAAAGUGGAGGAUGAUGAAGAUGGGCACUUGAUCUAUAAGAAAGGAGAUUAUUUGGACUCAAGAUAUGAAGUUUUAAGAACAUUAGGCGAAGGAACAUUUGGUAAAGUCGUCUGUUGUCAUGAUAGGUUAACUGGCAAGGAUGUUGCCGUAAAGAUAAUUAAGAAUGUCCCCAAGUACAGGGCAGCUGCACGGAUAGAGAUACGUGUCCUUGAACAAAUCAGAGACAUAGUUGAAGAUGGACAAGAGCUAUGUGUCCAGCUCAGAGACUGGUUUGAUUAUUAUGGUCACAUCUCACUCACUUUCGAUAUGCUUGGACUGAGUGUCUUUGAUUUCCUGAAAGACAAUAACUAUCACCCUUACUCUUUGUCACAAGUCAGACAUAUUUCUUGGCAGCUCAUAAAAGCAGUCCGAUAUUUACAUCAGACAAGACUGACACACACUGACCUUAAGCCUGAGAAUAUCCUUUUUGUCAGCUCUGACUACGACAUGUACUACGACGCAAGAAAAAAACAGGACAUUCGAGUUGUGAAAUCGACUGACGUGAGAUUGAUAGAUUUUGGUUCAGCUACCUUUGACGAUGAACAUCACAGCACUGUGGUAUCAACAAGACACUAUAGGGCCCCUGAAGUAAUCCUUGAAUUAGGAUGGUCCCAUCCUUGUGACAUGUGGAGCGUCGGGUGUAUAAUGUUUGAGCUGUAUCGAGGCCACACCCUCUUUCAGACCCACGAUAAUCUUGAGCACCUAGCAAUGAUGGAGACUAUCCUGGGCCCGCUCCCUGUCAGGUUCGUGAGGGAGAGCAGGAAGAGCAAGUACUUCUGGCACGGGAAGUUGGACUGGGACCCUGAGAGUCCUGACGGACGCUACAUAAGAGAACACUGCAGGAAACUUAAACGGUACAUUCUUUCAGCUGAACCAGAACACGAACAUUUAUUUGACCUCAUCACACAGCUACUCACAUAUGAGCCAAGAAAGAGAAUGACAGCCUCUGAAGCUCUCAAACAUUCUUUCUUUGCCCCCUACCACACCCGCUCUUCAACCAACAACCCAACCAAUUCUUCAAGUCUUGUGGCCCAGAACAAGAGAAAUCUCUCCAGCCAAGGAUCCUCUAGCAGUUCCAGUUCCAGCGAUAACGAGUGAUGAAAGGAUGGGGUGUGGUUAUUGCUAUUCUAAUUAACGUCUCACCAUAACAAACUGAUAUGUAAAUAUAUAACAUCCGGGGGGUGUGGCAGUAUGUUGCUGUAUUACUAACAGCUGUUGUGUUGUGUUGUGUUUUAAACUGCUCAUUUUUCACAUUUUUUGUAUGACAGGUGAAAUCUUUUUUUUACUUUUCUUGACUCUCUCUCUCUUUCUCUCCCAUGUUAAACCCUACACACACACACACUCAAGUUAUGAUGGAGUUUGUCUCUCAUUUUCUCUUGUAAUAUAUUAUAAUGAUGGUAUCUCAUUAUUGAAGAGCUAAUCUCA